GGUUACACAUUGUACAAUUCAUUUCCUUCUGUUUGAAUUAUAUAUUAAUACAAAAUAUAUGUGUUUUGUGCAAAAUUACUUUUGUGAACAAUACAAUGCGUAUGUGUCAACUUCUAAAUUCCGAGGUACUAGUAAAUGUAAAACACAAUACAAGGUCGAUGUUAAAUUUGCGUGCUUUUAGUAUCUAAGUUUAAAUAUUAACUUUUGAUUAUAUAAUGUGAAGUAAGUUACUUCCUGUUGAAAAUUGACUACUUCAUUCAUUGUUACAGAAACAUUGCUGAAGAAAGCACAAAACUAUUUGGAAUGUCAGAUUAAAAAACGCCUAACAUGUUAUUAAUGUUACUUAUCCACACAACUGUUAUGUUGACAGUUUCUGCACAACAAAACCUUACACCAUUUGGUAUUGCUUCUCAAAGUUCUUUAUAUGAUAAUAAUGAUAAAAGUAAAGGCAAACCGGAAAACGCUGUUAAUCCACCAAUAUCAAAUCAAUAUAGCUUAGAUACGUGUUCAAGUACAAAGCAGUCAACACGUAAUAUUCAAAAUGCAUGGUGGAUGUUCACGUUUUCCUCUAACACAACAUACAUUACAGAUAUAACAAUAUACUACAGAGAAAACUAUGCUUAUCGGAUGGAUGGAUUUAAAUUAUAUGUAACCAAUACAUCAACCAUUCCACCUGACGGUUAUCUCUGUUAUGAAGAUCCCAAUCAUUUUCGACCUCCUUAUCCAGACAUCCAUCAGACAAUUCCUUGUAAUCAACUUGGAAAAUAUGUCAUUUAUUACGAUGAUAAAGGAUCUGAUGAAGUAAAUGUGAUCUAUGAACCUAUUGUUGAGUUAUGCUACGUUGCCAUCAAUGACAAGAUAUUUGUAGGAUGCUUAAAAGGUACAUGGGGAACAAACUGUUUAGAUGCAUGUCCACUUAAAUGUAUUGACCAACACUGUUAUCCUGAAAACGGUUCCUGUACUUGGGGAUGUGAUCCUCAGAAGUGUUUAAAUAACAACUGCGAUAAACAUACAGGUGCAUGUAGUGAAGGAUGUGUGACUGGAUUAGCGGGACAGUUCUGUAACAUGAAGUAUAAAUUGAUUUGGAUUUGAAUGGUGUUAUGAGCGUCUUCAUGUGGAAAAGGUCUGAUUUCAAUAGAAAGAAAAGACUGCCUUACUCCAAACUAUUGGAAUACAAGUUUGAUGGUAACAUCAUUAUUUUCAUUGGAGAUGGUAAAACUCUACAAGUGCGAGUAAGCCUUGCGACGAUUUGAAAAAAAAAUGUUCACAUGCUUUAUAUUUAACUCAUACAUUUAACAAACAUUUUGAACUAUCUGAUUAAUAUUUUGGUUCCCUUGAGUAGGGCUUUAAGUUUAAUUGCAGCAAAAUUACUUUUUACAAUUUGGUAUAAUCAAAAUUUUCUUACAUAGUACAUAAGAAUCGGUAUGGUUUUUAACAUAUAAUCUAAUUAUAUGCAAUCAAACAUCGUUAUAACACAAUUUAUAUUUGCAAUGGGAUGUUCUUUAUCUGUACAUACAUAUAACAUGUUACUUUUAUUAUUCUUCCCUUAGUUAUUUGAUGUUAUUCAGGGUUAUAUCUGGUCUAUAUACCAGCUUUGAUAAGUGUUUGAUAUUACUAUAAAUUUUCACUUCGUACUAUGAACAUCAAAAUUAUUUAUUUUGUGAAAAUAUUUCCUUUCUCUAUUGGAACUGUACACGUAUACCUAAACACAAAAUUAUUUCCAUUUACCUGUGUUUAAAAUAAUUGCUAAUGGCUGAUAUUUUUGUUCGAGCACAUUGUUUUUCUUAAAUUGUUUAACUUUCAUACCGAUAUAACAUGUUACUUUUAUUAUUCUACCCUUAGUUUAUUUAUUUUGUAUUUACAUUGUGUCAUAGGUCAAAUUUAUUUGUUCAGUGUAUGUUCAAUGGUGUUAAUAUGUCCUUUGAUUGAGUUAAGCUAUUUCAGUUGAUAUUUUAUAGUGUGUCUUUCUAUGUUGUGACGUUACACUAUUGUUUCAGAAAAAGGGUGAAGGUUUGGUACCAUUAAAACGUUUAAACCCGCUGCAUUUGUUUGCACCUGUCCUAAGUCAGGAAUCUGAUGUUCAGUAGUUGUCGUUUGUUGAUGUGGUUCAUAAGUGUUUCUCGUUUCUCGUUUUUUUAUAUAGAUUAGACCGUUGGUUUUCCCGUUUGAAUGGUUUUACACUAGUAAUUUUUUGGGGCCCUUUAUAGCUUACUGUUCGGUGUGAGCCAAGGCUCCGUGUUGAAGACCGUACUGUGACCUAUAAUGGUUUACUUUUAUAAAUUUUGACUUGGAUGGAGAGUUGUCUCAUUGGCACUCAUACCACAUCUUCUUAUAUCUAUGUAUGAUUUUGAAUUAAAUGUUUUAUCAUUUGA